AUGAGGUCCAGAUCGGAAGGGAAGGUGACUGAAGAUCCCAAGUCGCAAAAAGUGGAAGAAGGGAAUUUGAAGAAUAUGACUAUGGCGAAUUUGGGGAGGAGUGGGGGAGUUUAUAUUCCGCCAUUCAAAUUGGCACGGAUGAUGAAGGAAAUCCAAGACAAGAGCAGUGUGGAGUACCAGCGCAUGACUUGGGAUGCUCUGAGGAAGAGUAUAAAUGGGCUUGUCAAUAAGGUGAAUGCUAUGAAUGUCAAGAACAUCAUUCCGGAGCUGUUUGCUGAGAAUCUGAUUCGUGGAAGGGGUCUCUUUUGUCGGUCUUGUAUGAAGUCCCAGAUGGCUUCUCCUGGUUUCACCGAUGUAUUUGCAGCUUUGGUUGCUGUUGUGAAUACCAAAUUCCCUGAAGUAGGAGAUCUUCUGCUUAGGAGGAUUAUUUUGCAGCUACAAAGAGCCUAUAAACGGAAUGACAAGCCACAAUUGCUGGCAGUUGUAAAAUUCAUUGCCCAUCUUGUAAAUCAGCAGGUGGUUCAUGAGCUUAUUGCUCUAGAGCUACUAACGAUUCUCUUAGAGAAUCCCACUGAUGAUAGUGUGGAAGUUGCAGUUGGUUUCGUUACUGAAUGUGGAUCAAUGCUUCAAGAUCUCUGUCCCCGAGGCUUACAUGGUAUAUUUGAGCGUUUUCGCGGAAUUCUUCACGAAGGAGAAAUUGAUAAACGAGUUCAGUUUUUGAUAGAAGGCCUUUUUGCAAUUAGAAAAGCCAAGUUUCAGGGAUACCCAGCUGUUCGACCAGAACUGGACCUUGUAGAGCAAGAAGAUCAAUUAACACAUGAAGUUUCUCUUUCAGAUCAAAUAGAUUCAGAGAUCGCAUUAGAUAUUUUCAAGCUGGAUCCUCAGUUUUUGGAGAAUGAGAAGCGUUAUGAAGAAUUGAAGAAGACACUAUUGGGUGAGGAAUCUGAGGAUGAAGCAGAUUCUGAUGCAGCAUCCGAUGAUGAUGAUGAUGAGGAUGAAGAAACGGAUGAAGAUGAUGAAGAGACGAUGAAAAUAAAGGACGAAACAGAGACAAAUCUUGUGAAUCUCCGAAGGACUAUUUAUUUGACCAUUAUGUCGAGUGUUGAUUUUGAGGAAGCUGGUCACAAAUUAUUGAAGAUCAAACUAGAGCCUGGUCAGGAGAUGGAAUUAUGCAUUAUGUUGUUGGAAUGCUGCAGUCAGGAGAGAACUUACCUCCGGUAUUAUGGCCUAUUGGGGCAGCGAUUUUGCAUGAUCAACAAGGUCCAUCAAGAAAAUUUCGAGAAAUGUUUUGUCCAGCAAUAUUCGAUGAUUCAUCGGCUUGAGACAAAUAAGUUGCGUAAUGUUGCCAAAUUUUUUGCUCACUUGCUUGGCACUGAUGCUCUUCCCUGGCAUGUUUUAUCAUAUAUACGUCUUACUGAGGAGGACACUACUUCUUCUUCCCGAAUUUUCAUUAAGAUUCUCUUCCAGGAAUUGUCAGAGCACCUAGGGAUUCGCCUGCUUAAUGAGCGUCUAAAUGAUCCUGCAAUGCAAGAUUCAUUUGAAUCAAUUUUUCCGAAGGAUAAUCCCAAAAACACUCGGUUUGCCAUUAACUUUUUCACUUCUAUUGGGCUUGGUGGCAUUACAGAAAACUUGAGAGAGUAUCUAAAAAAUAUGCCACGCCUUAUCAUGCAACAACAAAAGCCUGUUUCUGAGUCAGAUGACGAAUCUGGUAGUUCUGGUUCUUCUGAUUCAGAUGCAUCUAGUUCAGAGUCGGAAUCCGGGUCAUCAAGCUCUGAAGAAAAAGUAAGUGAUGAUAGACGGAAGAAACGAAAGAGGAAGUGA